UCAGUAUAUAAAGCAGGACAACGGCAGAAGGAAGACGGCUGGGGAGUCGCAGCCCGGGGAUUGUAAAUAAGACCAAAACAACUGUGUUUUAUUUACAAAAGCGUUACCGGCUCUUUUAAAAGUACCGCUCACAGUCUUUUUUUGUCGUAUUUUUGGCUCUAUCUCUCGCCCAUUUCCGUGUGGUUUGUACACUACGCGUAUAAUGGCGAGCUCGGCUAACUCGAACCAAGUGCCUAAAUUAUAUAAGGGUGUAAUCGAUGAUGUGAUCAACGAGGUGCGGGAGCUGUUCCUGGAUGAGGGAGUGGAUGAGCAGGUUCUCCUGGAGCUGAAAACGCUAUGGGAGAACAAGCUGAUGCAGUCCAAGGCAGUGGAGGGCUUCCACAGUGACGAGCAGGCAGCCCUGCAGGCCGCUCAGCAGCAUGUCCAGCAGGUGACGCAGCAGACACAGGCCCAGCAGGUCAUUCUCCCCACUCAGCAGCAGCAGCAGCAAGCACCCCAGCAGCAAGUCAUUGUUCAGGAUCAGAAGAUGCUACAGCACAUGAGUGCAACGGGAAUGAGUGCAGCAGCCACCGCAGCUACCCUAGCGUUACCCACAGGGGUCACCCCAUACCAGCAGAUUAUCACCAGCCAAGGUCAGAUCCUGCAGGUGGUGCGUGCUGCCAAUGGGACUCAGUACAUCAUUCAGCAGUCCCAGCAGCCAAUUGUUUUGCAGCAGCCGAUGCAGCCCGGUGGCGUUCAGGCACCGGUCAUACAGCAGGUCCUGACUCCUCUACAGGGAGGUCUGCCCCAGCAAACCGGAGUCAUCAUCCAGCCGCAGCAGAUCGUCUUAGCUUCAGGGAACAAAGUUCAAGGCAGCACACAGGUGGUGCAGGCAUCAGCUAUGGUGCAGCAGCCGGGUCAGGCAGCAAUGGCUGCAGCAGCAGGAGGAGCAGCCGCCGCAGCAGCUCAGAUCCAGCAGGUCCAGGGUGCAGCCGCAGCACAGGCCCUCCCACAGGCGCAGCAGCAGACCCAGCCACAACCCCAGGCGCAGCAGCCGCCUAUGAUGCUCCAGGUGGACGGAGCGGGAGACACCUCCUCAGAGGAGGAGGAUGAGGAGGAGGAGUACGACGAAGAUGAGGAAGAGGAGAAAGACAAGGAUGGAGGAGAAGAUGGGCAGGUUGAAGAGGAGCCGCUGAAUAGUGAAGAUGAUGUCAGCGAAGAUGAAGAUCAGGAGCUGUUUGAUACAGAGAAUGUUGUUGUGUGCCAGUAUGACAAGAUUCACAGAAGUAAGACCAAAUGGAAAUUCCACCUGAAGGACGGGAUCAUGAAUCUUAACGGCAGAGAUUUUGUCUUUUCCAAAGCCACCGGAGAUGCCGAGUGGUGAAGGAAUGGCAAAGCAAAUGCAGCGGGAGCAGAAACUCUGUAGCUCCUCCUGUCCAACUAACAGACAGUUGAGCAUCCUUCCGAACUCUGACUGGAGAGACCUCGAGAAGUCCUACAAACCCAAAGGAUUGGGAGGUACCGUAAAAUCUGGGUGUCAACCUUGGAAAAAACACUCAAGCAAGGCCUUGUGGGAUGAGAAACCUACAGAAGAAGAGUGGGGCUGGUAAUUGAGCAUUGUUUCUCCUAUUGUCUGUCUUCAUCUUCCCGGCUUCUCUGCGUUUUUCUUGACAGAAUUCACUAGUGUAAGCAUUUCACAUCAAACAGGUGUAGUGGACCAGGGUGAGGUGACCCGUGUCACCGCAAGAGAACCGAGGUCAUUCAUAACAAGCCCAUAGAUGAGAAAUACCUUUCUAAUCCACUGUAGUGGGUUGACUGGUGUCUACAUUUAAACCCAGACUUAGUGCCGCCGGUCAAAUGUGCUGCCUUUUAGAAUGCUCCCAAUCACCGUUUGGCUUCUGGGUUUUUGUUCUUGGAUCAGAGUUUGUCUCCAUAUUUUGUUAAAAAUGGUGCUCCAGAGUGUUUUAUGUCGUUAAUCUGUUUAUUAUUUUAGAUUUUUUUUUAAUGAAAGUGAAGAAAAAGAAGGUAAAAUUAUAUGAACUUGUGUUUUGUUUUUUUUAUGUGCCCCAUAAUCAAAAAUGCUGUUAUUUUCCCUCCUUGCUUCCCUGGAGCUUCAUUCCAUCUUUUACCCAAAAAGUACCAAAAUAAAAAAAAAUCAUUUAAGAAUUGUAUAAAUGGAAAGUUUGCCAUUUCAGUGGAUUGUCUUUGCUCUUAGGUUUUCUGCAGUCGUCUAAAAAAUUUGCACUGUUGGUUUAUCAAUGUGUUGUGAGGUCAGCCAGUUCCAAUAAUCAAUGGCGUCUUCCGUGUGUGUGUGUGUGUGUGUGUGUGGAAAAGAGAGACUGUGACUGACUACAGGCGCUGGAAGCAGUGGGAAUGUGUGUGCACCACUUUCCUCUGUUUUGUCAACAUGCCACAGUUAAAGCAGCGAGGAUGGUGUCGUUUUACUCAUCUAUUUAUUGCUCAAAGUUUGUAAAAUGUUCUAUGUUGUUCAGCACCAAACUGUGCUCUUAUUAUUAUCUCAUAAGUGUUCCUUUUAUCCUUUUUUUUUUUGUUUCUUUAUGUUUGAUUGAAAGCUACAUAAUGUUGGGAAUCAUUUCAUCCAUUCAGAGCUUUUAAAAUGAUACAUUUUCUAUCACUGUAAGUUUGACUUUGGGAGGGGGGGGGGGGCUGUGUGUAUUUCUGCAGUUGUUUUUUAGUGCCCUGUUGCAGCAGUUUGAAAUAAAACGUUCUUGACUCGUU